AUGCUGCUGCUCAUCCUCACUUUCCGUUUCCUGUGUGAGUCGGCCUCGACCACGCCCUUCCCCAAAGACCUGGAGCCGAUCAACGUGGUCAGCUCGGAGCAGUCGUAUCAGUAUCCAGGGUUUCAGGGUUUGCUUCAGGACAACGACACACUGCGUCUGGGCCUGGACUUUCAGAGGAUGUUACGCAUCAACCACAUGUUGUACAUCACUGCCAGAGAUCACGUGUUUGCAGUGAACCUGACGACGGCUUCAGAGGAGUUCGUUCCUCAGCUGAAACUGACAUGGAAGUCCAAAGACGUCAGCAAGUGCACGGUCAGAGGGAAGAACAGCGACGAGUGCUACAACUACGUCAAAGUCUUGGUCCCCAGAAAUGACGAGACCCUGUUCGCCUGCGGCACCAAUGCCUUCAACCCCACCUGCCGAAACUACAAGAUGACCUCGUUGGAGCAGGUCGGGGAGGAGGUGGUCGGCCAGGCUCGUUGUCCCUUCGAGUCCGGUCAGUCAAACGUUGGACUGUUCGCUGGGGGGGAUUUCUAUUCGGCCACCAUGACGGACUUCCUGGCCAGCGACGCCGUCAUCUACAGAAGCCUGGGAGACGGCCGUCCCGUCCUCAGAACCGUCAAGUACGACUCCAAGUGGCUCCGAGAACCUCACUUCCUGCAUGCCAUCGACUAUGGUAACUACGUCUACUUUUUCCUGAGUGAGAUCGCAGUGGAGUACACCGCCCUGGGCAAGGUGGUGUUUUCUCGGGUGGCCCGCGUCUGUAAGAAUGAUAACGGUGGAUCCCCCAGAGUUCUGGAGAGAUACUGGACUUCUUUCCUCAAGGCUCGUCUGAACUGUUCGGUUCCUGGAGAUUCCUUCUUCUACUUUGAUGUUCUUCAGUCUCUCACCAACGUGCUGCAGAUCAACCAGAGACCUGCUGUGGUCGGGGUCUUCACCACUCAGGCCAACAGUAUCCCUGGCUCUGCAGUCUGUGCUUUCUACAUGGACGACAUAGAGAAAGUCUUCAAUGGGAAGUUUAAGGAGCAGCGGACCAGUGACUCGUCCUGGACUCCAGUCCCUGAUGAGCAGGUUCCCAGACCAAGACCUGGUAUGUGCGCAGGCGAUGGUCCGGCUGCAGACUACAAGUCAUCGGUUCAGUUUCCAGAUGAGACGCUGACGUUCAUCAAGUCGUAUCCUCUGAUGGACGAAGCUGUUCCCUCCGUUAACGACCGGCCCUGCUUCACCAGGACCUCCAGCAGGUCCAAGUUGACCCAGAUCGUGGUGGACGUUUCAGCCGGUCCCUACAAGGAUCGGACGGUGAUGUUCCUGGGCUCAGACGAUGGACGAGUCCUGAAGGUUUUGGCGAGCACACAUCCCAACGACAGCUUCGGAUCCAAACUGCUAGAGGACAUCGACGUCUACAACCCGUCAAAAUGCAACGUUCAGGGCCAAGAGGACAGGAGGGUUCUGGGACUGGAGCUGGAUAAGGACCAUCAUGCUUUGUUUGUAGCUUUCACCAGCUGUGUCAUCAGAGUGCCGCUCAGCCGCUGCACUCAACAUGGAGCCUGUAAAAAAGCCUGCCUGGCCUCUCGUGACCCAUACUGCAUCUGGCUGCGGACUGGGAGCUGUGCCAACAUGGCGCCGGGUUUCAAGGCGGGGUUUGAACAGGAUAUCGAGGGCGACCACUCGUUUCACCCAGACAGCUGCCACGCCGACGUCUUGGCGACAACACGGAACCAAGAGUCUGGAGCCGACUCCGCCUACGAGAUGGACCAGCGUGCCGGGGCGAACGUCCACUACACCCUGCUGAUCGCCUGCGUGCUAGUGGCUUUCUUCCUGGGCGCAAUCCUGUCGGGCUUCCUGGUGUCGUGUUACUGCAGCCGCAGCGCCGCUCACCGGGCGAGAAGGCUGGGAAAAGACCCCGAGGCGUCGCUGCCUCACGCUCUGUCGCUGCGAUCCCUCGCCAAGCUCAACGGACUGCUGGACGGGCAGCCCAAGGAAGACAAACUGGACGUGUCCACUCCAAAGAUGUACAGCUCCUUUAUCCCCAACGGCAGAGCCGAGCCUCAUCUCCACACCCCCGGACAUCAGGGCCUGCCGCUGGGAGACCCUGACCUCAGCCUCUCCCAGUCCCUGUCACAGGGUGAUGGAGAGCUGUCCGGCCUGCCCACACCUGACUCCACCCCGGAAUUGCCCAUCAAGAACAUGAAGGCCCUGCGACACCAUCAGUACGAGAAGAACCAGAACUGCAACAAUGCCAAGGACAGCAACCCGAAAUCUGGGCCCAGCUGUUCUGGAUCCAGUCUGGGUUUCAUGGCCGUCGUUGGGAACUCUUUGACCCAGCAGGUGUUUCCCUACUCUCAUCACCAGGGCAACAGUCUGAGCAACGGAGCGGCCCAUGGAGCGGGGGCUUCUUCGACUUCGCUGCACCUCCCCGAGGAGAGGAAGAUCUCGAAUGACGAGCGAGCAGCAGCAGCAGUAGGUGGAGGCGCAGGAGGCGGGGGAGUACCCCAUCAUCACCACUCCCAGCAGUCUCUCCCCCAGACGGUGGUGGAUGUGUCGGCGCUGGACGAGCUGCUCAAACACAUCCACGAGGUCAGCGCGUCGGGAACUGGAGGCAUCAAGGUUCUCACUUCCACCUCCUCGUCUGCACUGUUUCCCGGGCCAUCCUCGUCCGCCUCUGGAGGGCAUCAUCAUCAUCACCAUCAUCAUCACAGCCACCACAGCCAGACGCGCACCCACCACUACAACCACAGCCAUCACCACAGCAACCACCACAACAACAACAGCAGCAGCAGUGGUGGCGCCGGCGGAGGUGGUCACCAUCACCAGCAGCAAAUCCCCGAGACUGAAUCGGCUUCGUACUACAGCACCUCCACACUGCCGAGGGACGGCCUCCCCAAACGUCUGGACCCACCUCCUCAAAGCUCCACCUCAUCCUUCCAGCAGGUGAUUCCAGAGAGACCCGGAGGAAGCAGUGUCUCUGUGACACGCCACCACUCCCAGCGCCACUCCCUAAUAAAGAUGGGCAGCGGGGGUGGUGCCGUGCCUCGCCAUCACAGCUUCAACCAACGGGGGCCUCAGCAUGCACACUUUCUAGCCAGGAUGAACACCAAUAGCAGCAGCAACGGACCCCCAGGUGCGAAUGGGGAAGCUAAUGCAAACGCCAGUACCAACGGUGAGAGUCAGCGGCCGUCGAUCGCCAGUGCCUGCCUGACACGGCAGCACAGUUACAGCGAAGGGCCACAUGUGCAGCGGGCGGCAAUCGUCCGGAGAACAGCUUCGCUCAAACCCCAAGUCCCGCCAAAACCCUUGUUCCUGCCAAACACAGCAACAUCACCGGUAGCAGAGGCAGGAAAGUACAACUACUGAGACAAUGGGAGGAGGUGACGCCACUGCACCGUGGCUGCUGCAGUCCUCACUGAGUGAAGCACCCCAAUAUGUCUGCAGGGCCUGUGAGAAAUGACAAAAUGAGAGCAUUGAU